ACAAAACUAACGAAAUAUAUGAUUAUAUUUGCAAACGUGAACAGAGGUGCGCGGUUUGGGUAACUUCAAGCUGGUCCAGGAGGCCCACGAACAGGCCCAACAGGCGGUGCUCGAGUACACCAUCAACUGUUACCCGCAAAUAAAUGACAAAUUCGGUCAACUCAUGGCUCUGGUGCCGGACUUGAGGGCACUUACCUUAAGGGGCGAAGAGUUUCUCUACUAUAAGCAUAUGGGCGGCAGUGCGCCCACACAGACC